AUGUCGUCCGCCGCCCUCCGCACAUCCAUGAAAAUGGCGUCUCGGCCGCAGCAGCGCCUUGCUAGCAUUCAGAGGCAGUUCAGCAGCUCGGCACCGGUGCGGAAGGAGAUUAGAGAUGCCUAUAUUUUGAGUGCGAGUCGGACGCCGACGGCUGUGUUCAACGGCAACUUCACCACUGUCUCCGCAACUCAGCUUGGCGCUACCGCGAUCAAAGAUGCUCUCGAGAAGUCGAAAGUACCCGUCUCCUCAAUAGACGCCGUGUACAUGGGCAAUGUGCUCUCAGGAGGCGUUGGACAGGCGCCCGCACGUCAAGCCGCCAUCUUCGCAGGCCUCCCCACCAACAUCGAAGCCACCACCAUCAACAAAGUAUGCGCCUCCGGUCUCAAGGCCGUGAACAUUGCAGCUUCCACAAUCGAGCUCGGUCAAGCAGAAGCUCAGGUCGCCGGUGGCAUGGAGAACAUGACCCGCGUGCCAUAUUACCUCAAUCGCGCAAGCCAACAGCCAGCCUUCGGCAACCAGAAGCUGCAGGACGGCUUGAUCGCCGACGGUCUGUGGGAUGUAUACAACCAGAUCCACAUGGGCAACUGUGCGGAAAGCACAGCGAAGAAGCACGGCGUCACACGACAAGAUCAGGACGACUAUGCUAUUGAGACGUACAAGCGCGCUCAGCAGGCAUACAAGGACGGUCUGUUCAAGGAGGAGAUUGUGCCAGUCACGGUCAAGUCGAGGAAGGGCGAUGUCGUUAUUUCUGAGGAUGAGCAGUACAACAAGCUCAAGCUGGACAAGGUGUCUACUUUGAAGCCAGCGUUCGAAAAAGGUCCGGAUGGUACCGUGACGGCGGCGAACAGCUCUCCAUUGAGUGACGGCGCAUCUGCACUGGUUCUAGGUAGCAAGGAGAUUGCACAGAAAUACGGCAAGGACAGCAGAGUGUUGGCGAAAAUCAUCACCUACGCUGAUGCCGCUGUUGACCCCAUCGACUUCCCCAUCGCCCCCGCAUCCUGCGUCGAAAAACUCCUGAAACAAUCCGGCCUGAAAAAGGAAGACAUUGCUAUCUGGGAAUUCAACGAGGCCUUCGCCGCUGUCAUCAAAGCCAACGCCAAGAUCCUCGGCCUGGGAAGUGACAACGUCAACCCUCGAGGAGGCGCCAUUGCGCUGGGACACGCGCUUGGCAGCUCGGGUAGCAGAAUAUUGGUUACCCUACUGCAUCAGCUGGAGGUUGGGCAGUACGGUGCUGCGGCGAUUUGCAAUGGUGGAGGUGCGGCGUCAGGCAUUAUUGUGCAAAGGGUUAGCCCGGAUCAGCUAUGAGAUAUUGUAGACGCAAAAGUAAAAUGACACCAGGCAGUGGCAAAAUUCGUGUCCGCCCUGCACCUGCGCGAUAUGGUCUAAUAGUCUCUAGCAGUGAGCCUACAAGUCCAUAAGAGAGGCUGAAGAUACACGCUACUCUAA